GUCUUACCUUCCGCAACACGAUCGCCUAACACGUAUACAUCCGGUCCAUAGAUACCGCUUACAAACGUUCUCUCUGCAAUGGCUGGAUCCACAGGAGAAGCACGCAUGCCGGCGAUACCCACGACCUCACAGGUGCUCCAAAAUACGAUGUCGAUGCCAGCACCGUCUUUUUCUGAUCUGGUUACCUCUUCGACGUCCGCUUUUACGUCCACUGCAAACUCUGCAUUGACCUCUGCGUCUACGACUCCACACCUGGCCUCAGACGGGACUUUGCAUAGCUACAAGUUCGAGAGAAGUGCAAAAUGUGCCUCUCAGAGUGACUGCGAAGACGAAGGACAAGAGACGGAUAACACCGUGAUACAUUACUCCAAUGAAGAAACAACCUCACAGCAUACAUUGAAUGACGCUGAUUUCUCUGCGUAUGCUAAAGGUUAUAUUGACAGCAUGAAUUUUGAAUUGGAACAGGACUAUGAUAAUACCACAAAGAUCCUCGAUGGGCAUACGAGAAGAAAUCUGUCCAUCGAAGAUAUCACCGAUAGCUAUAUCUUCAUUCUAAAACAAUCGCAAGUCGACUUGAAGAAUGAGAUUCAAAGGGCUUUUGAAGAAUUUAAAUUUGACAUUAUCACAGACCACUUGUCGCCACCAAAUGAGUCUAUAUACUACCGGACCGCAAGUGGACCGAACAGAACAACCAGUGAGCACAUUGGAAGACACGUUUAUGAAUCAUUGGAUGGAGGAGAAGAGACUGUCUCCAUAAGGCUGUCCGACACUCCUUAUCUUAUUUUACUACAUUCAAUCAGACCUCAGCUGAUGUCGUUUUCAAUACUUUCCUUUCUAAGAAAAAAGCUUCAUCUCUUAGAGAAAAGGACAAUACUGUCCUUGCUCACAUUGGCAGUUUCGAUUAUAAAUAUGGCGAACAAUUCCAACGAAGGUUUGAAACUAUAUUCGAAAAUGCUCAUAUAUCGAACGCAAAAGUUGACCUAUUCUUUGUUACAACUAGAGCGAUUUCUUUCUACUUCGGUUAGUGCUAAAAAUCAAGCCAAAAGAUAUAACCUCACGAUAGGUGGUAACAAUAACAGUUCUAAGAGAGCCAAACUGACCCUGAUAUCUAGUGCAAUCCACCUGCUAAUCUCUGUCUUUGUGAAAAGAAUAGGAAAAAUGAUCACAUACAUCUCCAAUGUGGGGAGUCUUUGGAAAUAUAUUGCCGUCUAUGGAUUAGAUGGCGAUUUUGAUGAAAUCAGGAUAGUGCGUAAUAUCAUUCAGAAUCCGGAAAGCUGUUCUUGCACUUGGUCCAAUGAACCUGAACGUUUGGUACGAGUCUUACAGUAUGUACGAAAAAUGUCACUCUGUAUAAUAUUGAGUUUGAUGGAGGUUGAGGAGAACGAGGAGAAGGACAAUGUCAAGGCUACCAUAUUCAUGAAGAAUUUCUGGUCGAAUUUUGGGUUUGAGAGUGUCAAUUGGAAUGUUGGAAGUCCAACACUAGCUACGAGGCUAUUGGGGAUGUGCACCUGCGUUGAGGAAUUCACGACAUUCGUUGACCUCAUGAAGGAGGAGAUAGUUGCAGAAGAAGUACAGCUCGUUGACAGCAAUGAGCCAGGUGAACUGAGCGAGGAAUUCAAUGAGAACAGCCGUUCCGACAACAUCUAUGGGUUAGGUGUUUUGCGUGAGCGGAACGAGGAUGAAAGAAUACGAGAACUCAGUUCGAUGGUUGGAAAAGUUGGUUACAAGCUCGACCUGAUUGAGCUUGGCAUGGAUAGCAAGGAGGGAAUAUUUACACUGAAGAGCGACAUUGACGAGCUGGUCAGGUGCUAUAACGAGGUUACUUCUGGCAAGGCCUCUAGGAGAAAUGAAAAUACAACCACAAAGGACAAGGAUCUGAAAAGAUUGCGCAUGAGCGAGAUCCUACUUGACGAUUUCGACGGUGCUGCCGAGAAGAACCGCAGGAACAGACGCAGUAGCGGCAUCGACCUCAAGCUCUUCUCUGUUGUGAAGACGACCGACGAGGUGAAGCCAGACCGGUGUGAGAUUGUGCAGGCCGACGAACGGAGCAGCGAUACCGAGUUCCGCAAGACUUUGGAACGGCUUUGCCUGGACCGGGGUGCCAAGGCUAUCUCGAGGACGGGCAAUAAGGACGUUGGAGAGGUCGAGGCGGAGGCCGACACUGAUCUUGCAAUGACACGCACCGGCAAGACUCACACGGAAGAGGCUGCUUUUCUGGAGUUCAAGAACGAGCUAAGAAAGCGCUUAGAGGAGGAAAGACUGUAGAGCGUUGUAGAUUCAUGUGUAUAUAGAUAGAGACUGAAUCGGGGUUCUUUCCCAAAGAGGCAGGUAUAACCGCGGUGCACUUUCAUGAGAGGGGCAUCUUCCAGGCCACUUAGCUCUAAUGCACUCUAGCGCACUACAUGCAGCAGUACAUAUGGGCAUCAAAGUGCAAUCUGUACUGCCCGCA